UGUCGGGCGGGCAUACCUUGAGACGGCGGGGUUGGCGUCGGUGACGCCUAGCUGGACUAGCUCAUUGAGCAUAUACGCGCUGCUAGAUAGUCUAACGGGAUCCACUAGGCCGCGGCGCUUGCGUGACUCGAGGCUGACGAUUUUAGGGAUUAUGUAGAACACUUGGUCAUUGUAGGCGGCGUAGUCGCUCUGGUCGAGCGAGUCGAGGAAGUAGCGGUAGGUUUCGGUGAAGUUGGGAUUGCCGAGGAAAUGAGAAGGAAUUCGACCCAUUCUGGUGGUGAAAGCGAGAGCGAAGUGGGGUGCGUCCGCCACCGCCGUCGUGGUAGCUGGCGCCGAGGGGCUAGGUAGGCGACGGUGAAGUUGCACGGGGAUUUUCCCGGUGGGAUGGUGGUAGGUGGGAUGGGGAGGGGGUAUAAAGAGGGCUAUUCGCACCCGCACCAGCACUGUCGUUUUGCGGUGAUAUCGAAAUGACAUAAUUACCCCUCCAUCUGCUAGUUCUUACACUUACCCCGCCAACACCGAACCUGACAGCAAUGGCAGCGCCAAACACGACCGCUGGGGAGACAGAAAAAAAGAUGGCCAUGGACUCAGAGUCAGGAAUCGUGAUUAGGCCCUUCAAUCCCGCGCCAGACUCGUGGGACGAAGUAGCCGUCUCGCGCAUCUGCGAAAUCACGGCCCCCCCAAACCUACGCGCCAUCCUCGCCCCCGCGCCAUCAGCACCACUGGCGCCUUAUUUAUGGGCGCUGCCGUAUGUACGGUUAGAGCCUGGGACAUGUUUCGUGCUCGAUGCCUCUGCCUCCACUGGCAACGCAGAUGGAGAUGUAACGGGCACGUCUAGUCUCGUACCAGCGUCCUGCGUGGGCUACAUCCUCUGCGCCCCCUCCACCCCCUCCUUCGUCGCCGCAUACGAAGAAACCUACCUCCUCACCCUCUCCCCUUGGUGGGCUGCGCCCCCUCCACCCUCGCUGCCAUGGGAGGGAGCCACGCUUGGGGGAGGGAUGUUACAAGCUCUCCACAACCCCUCGUCAAUGCUGCAUUCCGAUUUCCCCGAACUGGUAGAGGAGUACCCAGCGCACCUCCACAUCGAUAUUCUCCCCGCCUUCCAAUCUAAGGGGUUGGGGGCGAAGAUGAUAGAGAGGCUUGAAACAGAGUUGAGGGGGAGGGGGGUGUGGGGUGUGCAUUUGGUGAUGGGAGCGGGGAAUGGGGCGGCGGAGAGGUUUUAUGCGAGGCAGGGGUUUGAGAGGUGGGGGGUUGUUAUGGAUGGGGGUGUUAGUGGGGAGAGGGGGGUUAAGGGGGAUGGAGGGGUGGUUUUGUGUAAGAAGUUGUAG